AUGGUUAAAAAAGAUGCUGCUAUUCCAGAAUCGCUGGGAUCUGUACGCGAACGAAUCGCUCGUUUCGAAUCGUUGCAAGAUGAAAAACCCACAAAGUCGUCUCCAGACAAAGGUUCCGUGGAUAUCGUUGUCACACCCGUCAGCCCAAUGCCAGCGAUGAAAAUUGAAACUGAGGACAUAGCGCAAGAGCCACUCAGUCCUUCUAUCGAGUCGGAAGUUUCACAGGCUGAAGUCAAGAGUUCAUCAUCCUAUAGUGGAGAUGAGCACAGCCCUAGAGGAUUUGAAAGACCCGACAGCAGAGAAAAGAGAGCAUUCGUAGAGGAGCCAAGAACGAAAGUGCCAUCGCCACCUGUAGAAGAAGUCAAGGAACAGGAGAGCGAAAAAGUUGACGAGUAUCUUACCUAUCCUAAAACUGUCAUAGAAAUGACUAGGGAAGAGAUGCUUGAGCUGGAAGAGCGAUCUGAGUCACCACAGCUGGCGGGAGUUCCCAAAAAACAAAAGGAUGACGAUCAGUACGAAGUAAUUUCGCCGAUACCGAUCCAAGAUGAACCACCUGAAGAACAUCCAAAAUUGGCGGAGACUAGGACUACGCCCAUAUCUAGCUUUCAUGAGGUUCAGGAGCAACAGGCUAUGCAAACAGAGGGAGUAGUACCUCCUAGUGAGCAGGCAGAAGCACCUCCAAAAUACGAGGACGUCGUGGAAGAGCUGGCGUAUCCAAAAGAAGAGCAUGAAUAUCGAACAGUGAAGAAAACUGUGACUACAGUAACAACCACUCGUUAUAUGGAGAUGCCGGAAUCUGCAGAAGGGAUUGUAGAACAGGCAGAGGAACCAUCUCCCUACCCAACACCACGCGAGCCAUUAGAAGAAGUUGAAUAUCCCACAAUGACAAAAACCGUCACUACUGUUACAACAACUAUUGAGGUACCUGAAACACCCGAGAGUGAAAAGCAAGAACAUGAAGUACCUGAGAAAAACUUGGAAUACGGAGAUGAAAGGCGAUAUGAUGAAAUAGGAACUGUGGAAACUGAACCGUAUUCCGCUUUACUGACUGGACAAGAGCCAACAGACCUUGCCCACGACGAGAGGAUCCAUUUGGAUACUGCACCAGAAAUAACGGAAAUAGAAUAUAGUUUACCCACAACGGACAGUGACUUUUCUACGGCACCAAAGACCGUUACGACAACGAUGAGAACACCUUACGAAAUGGUUGCUGACCCUACACGACCUGACGACAAAGACAGUACGGCUGUCAGAAAGACUGUCACUACUGUCACGACCACUUUUCCAACGGAAGGUAUUACCAGUGCAGCUAUGCGUGACCAGGAAGAGUUCCAAAAUGCGCCUGAAUCACCAGAUAAGCCGGUUUCUCAAGAAAAAUAUCCAUAUGUGAGUGAAGCCACUUUGAAUGUCAUGUCCGCAAGUGAAGAGUAUGAGACAACCCCGGCAAUUCGGGAACAACCAGAUGAGGAGACGAAAGGUUAUUCAGUAGAGACUGGUGAUGAAUUCGCUCCUGCGACUGAAAGAUUCACUACUGUCAUAACCAAGCGUAUUGGAGAAGAGCCUGCCACAAAACCUGACUUCGAAAAUUAUUCACCCCUGAAAAGAACUGUGAUAAGCACGCGUAUUGGAGAGCCAGAAAUCGAAGAGUCCAGAAGCUAUGAACGAGAAUCACCGAAAUUGGUGGAAACACCUGUGCAUGCUGCUCAAGAGUUACCCACAAGUGAUGUUUCAACUACUGCUACAAGCACGCAUUUUGGUGAGCACGAAAUGGACAUCGAAGGAUUUGGGAGAGAACCGAGAUCGUUCUAUGAAGUCACAACCCCGGUAGCGCGAGAAGAUUAUUCGCAUGGUGGAGUUAUCACAACUGUAACUACUACGCUUCAUGAGGAGCCCGAAAGUCAAGACAUUCAAGGUCCAUUGAAAGACUCAUACUUUGAGGACGCUCCACGAAGCCCCACUGAACCGUAUCAGCCUAUGGGAAAAGUAAUCACCACCGUGGCGACAACUCUACACAAAGAGGAACCGGAACAGACACCCGCAGGAAAAGAAUCACCUGAAUCUCCCAUAAGUUCCAAGUCCGGAAUAAAGCAUUCACCUAUCAAGGAAACUGUUACGAUAACAAUGACGCGCUAUGAGGAUGAAGGCGGAACACCAGAGCAUUACGAGAAGCAAGAAUAUGUUAAAACAUCGGAUCUACCUGAAGAUCGUACUUCACGAGGAGAUUACCAACCCUAUGAAGAAACUACUACCAUCACUACAACAACAUACGAAGAAGGUGAAGUUCCAGAGAGUCUGGGGACUGUUGAGGACGCUGGAAAACAGGCAGAUAUAUUAACAAGUACAGUUUAUCAGCAGCCAUCUGAAAUCACCGCAACCACAAUCAGAAUGACGAGCCACGAAGAAGGCGAACCAGAACACGAAAAGUAUGCAAGAGAAUUUAAAGCUAGUAGAAGAGUCGAACCCGAGUACUCCGGUGAAUACGAUAUGCAUUUAGAUAGCACAAAGGAAAGAGUCCCAGGCACUAUGAUUACUAGAGAGGAGCUUUCUUUCCAGAAAACAUUCAAGGGUGACGCCCCCGACAGGGAUCAUGCACCUAAGUCGGAAUUGAUUUCCGACGAAGGUCAAACAGGCCCACCGUUUGAUGACACUCCUGGUCUUGCUACCAAAGCCUCAAAAAUUGCAGCAGGUGCUCUUAUAGCUCCAGUAGCUUUGGCAGCAAUGGGCGCUUCUGCAGCAUAUGAAGCUUUGGCAAAAGAUGAUGAAGAAAAGCGUAAA